CUCACUAAAGCGCACGAGGUGUUUAGUCGUUAGUGUGUAACUGAGUUACACAAUGAUAUGUUUAAUAACUAUUUUCGUAAAAAAGUACAAGUGAAAUAGAGAUGCAAAGUUUUUUAUCAGCUGUUUACCUCAGAUAUUUUAUCAGUGUAUAUUGUGAAAAAUUUUAACGAAAACAUAUAAUCAACCAGGCCAUGGAAGGCAACAGUGACGUAGUUAGGGUGAAGGAAGAAUCGAGCAAUUUUUGGACGGAUGCAACUGUUGAUAAUGUUUUCGUUUCGUUAGACUAUUGCAAAGUCGAAAACUCUGAAACAUUUCCGUUGCACGAAGUAUCGGCAAAAGGUCCUGAUCAAGGCGUAUUCAUCCAGGAGAGGUUAGAUGAAAAAGUAUUUAUCGAUUUGGAAUGCAAAAAUCUCAAACCAGAACUUCCUCUUUUAUCUACUACUAUCUUCAAAUCUGAGUAUCAAAAUUUUCGACCAUUGGUGAAAAUGGAAAACAAAAAAAAGACUCAUGACAUCAAUGAAAAAUAUCUGAUAAUUUUAAUUAAAAAAGACUUCGAUUAUGAUAAUAAUUGUCAGUUCAACAUGAACUCUUGUUUAAAACUUGCGGAUUAUGAGAAUCUAAAAAGUUUUGAAAAAACUGUUAAAAAAAAAUCAUUGCAUAAAUGCACAUCAAAAGUAAGUCUAAAAGAACAUAAGAGUAUGAUUCAUAACAGAAUCAGACCGUGUGAAGGUGAGAUUUGUUAUGAAUCAUUUUCAUACAAGAGUAACCUCGAUGAGAAUAUAAAUGCCCUACAGUAUAGUGACAAAACUAUCGAAUGUGAUAUUUGUCAUAAAUCAUUUAGACGGAAAAAUCACCUUAGAACUCACAUAAAUGCAUUACAUAAUCGUAGCAAAUCGUUUGAAUGUGAAAUUUGUCACAAAUCAUUUGGACAGAAAAGUGACCUCAAACGUUACGUCAAUGCAAUACAUGAUCAAAGCAAACCCUUUGAAUGUGAUAUUUGUCACAAAUCAUAUGGUCGCAAAGAACAUCUCAAAAUUCACAUAAUGAUAGUCCACAAUCGAAGCACAUCGUUUGAAUGUGAAAUUUGCGGCAAAUCAUUUGGACAAAAGAGUAGCCUCAAUAGACACGUGAAUACAGUACAUAAUCUUAACAAAUCCUACGAAUGUGACAUUUGUUACAAAUCAUUUGGAGAAAAAGGAACUCUCAAAAUUCACUUAAAUGCAGUACAUAAUCGAAGCAAACCCUUCGAAUGUGAGAUUUGUCAUAAAUCAUAUGGACGAAAAAGCCAUCUCAAUGUUCACAUAAAUACAGUACACAUUCGAAACAAAUCCUUAGAGUGUGAGAUGUGUCCAAAAUUAUUUGGACGAAAAUUUGAACUCAAACGUCACGUAAAUACAGUACACGACCGCAAAAAACCCUUCGAGUGUGAAAUUUGUCACAAGUCAUCUGCAAGGACAAGUGACCUCAAAAGGCACAUAAAUGCAGUACAUAAUCGUAGCAAACCCUUUUGAGUGUGAGAUUUGUCACAAAUCAUACGGCCGCAGAGAUGCCCUGUAAGCUCACACACACGUAAUCUUCUUGACUUUAUAAAAUAUUUUUGUCAAAUGA